AUGGUCGGUUCUGCGGUGGCCCAGGAGGCUGUUAACGAAGUCUUAUCAAGAAUCAAGGAGGGUUAUGCGGAGAAGUCAGAUGCAAAGGAGCACAUAGAGAGGAUGGAGAUGGCCCACAUCAAGCUAGAAGCUGCCCUUGAGACAUCCAAGAAGUGGAACGUCACCAGCGCGCCACUGCUACGCUGGCGGAGCAAGCUCAAGCGUGCCACACAGGAGUGCAACCACACUUUGCGCCGGUGCAGGCAGCGAUUACAAGAAGAGGAAGAAGUGCAGCAAGCGGUACAGAGCUCCUCCUUUCCUAAGAGGGUUGCUCAUACUGCUAUGUCAUUUGUUUCGUCAAUCUUUAGUAGGGGUAACGAUGACAAGCUCAGAGGAUCCACCGUUGUCCGGCGAUUCGAGCGCUUUGCAGAUGGUGCGACCGAGUUCUUGAGGUAUGUGGAGCUUGGUGGCACACCAUGCAGAUACAUGUUCUCCGUGCCUCUUAUACGGCAUCUUCUCGCUGGCAAACGAACAAAGUAUUGCUUUAUUCGUGGGGGCCAACAUCUCUCACUUAUUCUACAGCCCUUUAGUCUACCAAACAAUGGGAUGGGGGGGGGCUUGGUAUUCUUACUUCAAGAUGGCAAUGUGCCACAGAAUAAUUUCCUUCUUUCCCUCAGUGUACGGCUCUCUGAGAGUACUGACAUAGUUGGGGUUGUAGUGAGAUGCCUGCAGCUGUUCAUACCGUACUUGAGCUCCAUAGCCGAGACUGUGAAGACAAAGCUGACCCAGAUGCCAACGCAAGACUUGUGUUGGGUGUUCGAUGCUUAUUCAGUUUAUGGCUGUGAUAAACAACAGAACAGACUUCACACCAUGUGUUCUAAAUGGUAUCGACCAAACCCAUUUUGUUGUCAACAACAAGACCAUCCCCAUGCCCAGAGCUCCUCUUCAAAAUCAUUGCCAUGUGAUAUAUACUUGGAACCAGUUUUCCAAGUGUAUUUGCUAGGACAUGUUACACUGUCAGUUGGGAACAAUAGGCUGAGCGCAGUCAAGGAUGGCGAAAGCCAAACAAGCCCCACGAGAGACUUUCCAUAUCUGAAACUUGGAGCACACUUCUCGCCUCAUGCCUCUUUUGAAGAUUUGUCACCUACUGUCGGGCUGGGCGAGAUCAUGAUGCCAAAUGCAGUAGAUUGCCUUAGUGGGAAUGUCGAAGCUACCUCAUAUCAGAUGUUAUCGAAGUCCAAGCAUGGAAGCGUGUACCUUCGGGUCGAGAAGACCUCAUGGAGAGCAACUACUAGGAAGGACAAAAUUGGAAAACGCCGUAAGCAACGACAGGACAAGAAGGUUCCAGUUCAGGGAUGGACAAGUGCUAACAAUGAAUUCGUUAGCUCGUGGAUAGCGCAAAUGCCUGCCCAGUUGCAGGGCUCGAUCGUUGACUAUUGGAUUCAGAAACGAAAGCGAUCCACACUACCUUUGUUAUUGAAAAAUAAUGCCUGCGUCCAUGACUGUUCCAAUCACGAUGUUGUCUUUGCAAGAUCACAGUUAUUUGGCAAGGAAGCUCAAGAUGUCCAGCACGUUAAACCCCUGAAGGGUUUCCACUUGCUUGUACUAGCUUGA